GGACAAUUAAUUAAGUUGUACCAGACUUUUCGUAUAAUAACUUUCGAUGGCGUGUACAGAGCAGUGCCCGCCAUUCUUACAUGGAGACUCUUAUGCCGAACCGUUGGGUGGAGAAGGGCAUAGAUCCCCUCAGUUAUACAACUGAAAAGAAUGCAAUCAUGCCACCCAAGUAUGUUUUUACUUCCACAUUGGAAGCAGAAUUCUUUUUAAAGGGUUCUUUGUUGUGGGAAAUGGCGGUUGAGGAGGAUGAGAGAACCACUACCUUCAAUGAUUAUUGGCGCUGGGAUGCAAACGAGGCAUCAACUGUUCUUGUCAGUGCUCCAGAGGGACACUGGAUCUUUGUUAUGGAGAUCUUGUAAGUUACCGUUCCUCAUUUUCUGGCAUAAUGACUAAUUGUCUACAGGUGGGACGAAGAUGAGAGAUUUAUCGAGAUGCCUACCGAGGGCGACUUCGCUAACGUUAUUUUUACCAAAUCGGAAAAAAUUCAUGACAGCUACUCUGAUAAUAACUACCCAUAUGGUGAUAAUUCCGAAGAGGAAGUUUGGCGGGGUGUCGUCAUAGGAGAUCCAUCCUUUUCAUCAAGUUACAACCUAGCGAUUAUGGUGUAGAUUCCUGAGGGUUCCACCCCUCCCACCUACGACACUCUCAGAAUGAGACAACCCCUCUUCACAUUUCCAUCCAUUCAAACGAGCAUCAAACGCACUUUUCAACUACUUAACCGCGUUUUAUUCGGUAACCCGUAGUUGGGCAUCCCAG